AUGGCACAACGUCUCACAUAUAGGCGCCGCUUGAGCUAUAAUACCAGAUCAAAUAGAACCAGAGUAAUCAAGACUCCUGGUGGCAAGCUUACUUGGCUAUACGAAAAGAAACCUGCCAAAGGUCCUCACUGCGGUGAUUGUGGGUGCAGGCUUCCAGGAAUUCCAGCUCUCCGACCACGCCAAUAUGCACGAAUUUCUAAACGUCAGAAGACAGUUCGACGAGCUUACGGUGGUAGUCGUUGUGCUAGAUGCGUGAGAGACCGUAUCGUUCGGGCUUUCUUGAUUGAAGAACAAAAGAUUGUUAAGAGGGUCCUCAAGGCCCAAUCCAAACCUCCGCCCAAAAAAUGA